UUUCAUUCGUGUUUCUGGUUUCGGACUGUAAAGAACUCUAAAAAUCCAAAAAAAUUAAAAAUUUUAUUUUUAAAAUUUCCAAAUUUUGGUAAAGUAGUAUAUUUCUGUGAACAAAAAGAAAAGCAAAGAAAAAACAAACAUCAUGGAGUAUGGAAACGGAAUGCAAUAUGGAAACGGAAUGCAAUACGAAGGCUAUGGCCAGGGUGGCGAAGGUUAUGAAAUGAGCUAUGGCCAGAUGGGCCGUGGCCAAGGCCAAGGAUAUAGCCAGCAGCAGCAGCAGGGCGCCUAUGGCCAGGAGUCGAGUAACCAAAGCGGGGCCGCUGCUUACGGCGGUCCUGGAUACCGCAGUCCCUUGCGAUAUAACAAAUUGCUUCGCGAGAUGAAUUCCCGAAACGGACUUUACUCUCCCAUGGACCAGCAGCGAGGAGGCGGCCAGGGAGAUUACUACAACUCUUUGCCUGGUCUUGGUGGAGCCGAGGGUCAAAUGUACCAGCCGCGUGGCAAUGGAAACUCGUACUACUGAGGUCGUCAUGUGUCCCAGUUCGUUGACGUUAGUUGAAUUUUGAAAGCGUCGCACUCCAAUAAUCAACUGUCAUAGAAAUGUCUACAAAGUAUAUUGAAUUAAAAGACCACUUAGCCAUUUAA